AUGGCCAUGAGUGGGGUACACACGUCACCCAUUUCGCCCGCGUCGCACCCCCCACCGCCCACGUCGCACGCUUCAUUCCACCCCUGUUUGCGCUCCUCUCUCCCUCCUCUCGUCCUCUCUCCCCUGUGUCGUCCGCUCUCAUUCCCUUCCUCCCCGCUUUCAUUCCCUUCCUCCCCGUUCUCAUCCCUUCCGCCCCGCUCUCAUCCCUUCCGCCCCGCUCUCAUCCCUUCCGCCCCGCUCUCAUCCCUUCCGCCCCGCUCUCAUCCCUUCCGCCCCGCUCUCAUCCCUUCCGCCCCGCUCUCAUCCGUUCCUCCCCGCUUUUAUUCCCUUCCUCCCCGCUCCCAUCCGUUCUUUUCCUCUCUCAUCCCUUCCUUCCCGCGUUUGUUCCCUUCCUCCCCGCUCUCAGCCGUUCUUUUCCACUCUCAUCGUUUCCUCCCCGCUCUCAUCCGUUCCUUUCCACUCUCAUCCCUUCCUCCCCGCUCUCAUCCCUUCCUCCCCGCUCUCAUCGUUUUGAGCUGA